CAAAUUUCCUUUGCUUUUCGACAUACAGCAGACUCGUUUACUCUAUAGUGCUGAUUAUUUCUGGAUUUAAAGCCAUUAUGGCAACAUGUAUAUCGCAACUGUCAAUGCCUUUAGAAACUCGAGAUUCAAAGGGGGUUCUCACUGUUUUCCGAAGAAGAGUUCCAAUGGAGAAUCACAUGGGAAGAGCGGGUUUCUUGAAAUCAAAUGAUAGAAAGCAUGACAUUGCUUCAUAUGCCCACCAAAUAAGAUGUUCAGCAAAUUCUCACAGCAUCAAUCAGUUCAAUAACAAAGACUCGUUUCUCAAUCUCUGCCCUGAAGUUUAUCUGCUUAGAGGCCAGGGAAACAACGCCGUGAUUAGUCCACAGGAAAAUGGGUCAGGUCGAAUAAUUACUGAUAAUUUGAGAGAUUCGGCGAUCGCUAGUAAUUACAACGAGGCCAAGAUUAAAGUCAUUGGUGUUGGAGGAGGUGGGUCAAAUGCGGUCAAUCGUAUGAUUGAGAAUGCAAUGAAGGGUGUCGAGUUUUGGAUUGUUAACACAGAUGUUCAAGCCAUGAGAAUGUCGCCUGUUUUUCCCCAGCAGCGAUUGCAAAUUGGGGAAGAGUUGACCCGGGGACUUGGUGCUGGUGGUAACCCUGAUGUUGGUAUGAAUGCUGCUAAAGAAAGCACACAAUCCAUUGAAGAAGCUCUUUAUGGUUCAGAUAUGGUCUUUGUGACUGCUGGAAUGGGUGGAGGAACAGGUACCGGUGCAGCCCCUGUGAUUGCAGGGGUUGCAAAGUCAAUGGGUAUAUUGACUGUUGGUAUCGUGACAACACCUUUCUCUUUUGAGGGUCGGCGAAGAGCAGUUCAAGCACAAGAAGGAAUUGCAUCUUUGAGAGAAAACGUCGACACUCUGAUUGUCAUCCCGAAUGACAAGUUAUUGACUGCUAUUUCCCCAUCUACCCCUGUAACAGAAGCUUUUAAUCUAGCUGAUGAUAUUCUCCGACAAGGUGUUCGUGGUAUCUCAGAUAUAAUUACGAUACCAGGUUUGGUUAACGUGGAUUUUGCUGAUGUUCGAGCCAUUAUGGCAAAUGCAGGCUCAUCGUUAAUGGGAAUAGGAACUGGAACAGGUAAGACCAGGGCAAGAGAUGCUGCAUUGAAUGCGAUUCAAUCACCUUUGCUAGACCUUGGAAUUGAGAGGGCAACUGGAAUCGUUUGGAAUAUAACUGGUGGUCCUGAUUUAACAUUGCUCGAGGUAAAUACUGCAGCUGAGGUCAUAUACGAUCUUGUGGACCCCACUGCGAACUUAAUCUUUGGAGCGGUCAUUGACCCAUCGAUAAGUGGUCAAGUUAGUAUCACCCUAAUAGCAACUGGAUUCAAGCGACAGGAAGAAAGCGAUGGCCUGCCGCUCCAGGCAGUGCAGGCAGAUGUGGCUGGAAUCAACCGACGGUCACCAACUUUCACAGAAGGCAGCUCGGUAGAAAUUCCCGAGUUCUUAAGGAAGAAAGGGCGCUCACGCUACCCACGUGCUUAACAAUGCCAAUUUACCCUUUUGCCCUCGAUAUAUAACCGAAGCAUGCUGUUAUAGGUAAAAGAUCACCAUAGUAGUCUAGUAGUGAAGGUUAAGAAAUCGUUGUGCAAUCCGCCAUAUUACCAAUAAAUGGCUAUACUCAUGUCGCAAAGUGGAAGGCAAUUGGCAACUAUAUUACUUGUGGUCCAGAUUUUUCGAACAAGUUUAGGGCGUGUAGUGAACUUGCCUGAGUUGAAAUUGUACAGGAUACUGCUUCCUUAUUUGUUCAACCUAUUUCCUUCA